AUGUCUCAACAUCCAGUCGAAUACAAUCUUUGCCAAUUCCUCCCCAAUCCCUUUAUCGAUCGCGCUUUCUCUUCUUUCUCUCUCUUAUUUCAUUUACUAUCGCUUUUAUCAUCCAACGUUUCUAAGCCCUUUUCUCACGCCCUCUCUUUCUUCCUUUUCUCUACAAUAAUCCACACGUCUUUCUUUCUUUCUUUUUUUUAUCUUUCUAUCUUACACCACGCUUCUUUCUUUUUCUUUUACUUUUUCUCUUUCUCUCUACAAUACUUUUUCUUUCUUUCUUUCUUUCUUUCUUUCUUUCUUUCUUUCUUUCUUUCUUUUCUCUACCAUAUUCCACUCUUCCUUUUUUUCUCUGGUUCUCCACGCUUCUUUCUUUCUUUCUUUCUUUCUUUCUUUCUUUCUUUCUUUCUUUCUUUCUUUCUCAUAUUCUGCUCUUCUUUGGUUCUUCUUUUUUCUCUCUCAUUCUCCGCGUUUCUUUCUUUCUUUCUUUCAACAUUUUUACUCAUUCUCUUUCAGUUCAUAUGCCUCCCACCAUUUGCUUUCCUUGGAACUUCUCUUACUCUCUUCUUCAUUUUCUUCCUGUCUCCGAAUGUAAAUACUUUAUCUAUCUAUCUAUCUAUCUAUCUAUCUAUCUAUCUAUCUAUCUAUCUCUGUUCAUAUGUGUCUAUAUUCACUGUCAAUACCAAUGGCCAUGAUCAUUCGCUGUACUCAUUUAGUGCCAAUACCAAUGGCCAUGAUCAUUCGCUGUACUCAUUAAAUGCCAAUACCAAUGGCCAUAAUCAUUCGCUGUACUCAUUUAGUGCCAAUACCAAUGGCCAUGAUCAUUCGCUGUACUCAUUUAGUGCCAAUACCAAUGGCCAUGAUCAUUCGCUGUACUCAUUAAAUGCCAAUACCAAUGGCCAUGAUCAUUCGCUGUACUCAUUUAGUGCCAAUACCAAUGGCCAUGAUCAUUCGCUGUACUCAUUUAGUGCCAAUACCAAUGGCCAUGAUCAUUCGCUGUACUCAUUAAAUGCCAAUACCAAUGGCCAUGAUCAUUCGCUGUACUCAUUUAGUGCCAAUACCAAUGGCCAUGAUCAUUCGCUAGCAAUAUUAGCUAAUCCCAUCUAUCUAUCUAUCUAUCUAUCUAUCUAUCUAUCUAUCUAUCUAUCUAUGCUGGAAUGCACACUUUCUUUCGGCCAUUACUCUGAGAUAAAUCUAUCUAUCUAUCUAUCUAUCUAUCUAUCUAUCUAUCUAUCUCAUUCUGUUCAAUAUCUUCUCUUAAUCUCUCUCUCUCUCUCUUUCUGUCUAUCUAUCUAUCUAUUCAUUAAUUUUUAUCUAUCUAUCUAUCUAUCUAUCUAUCUAUCUAUCUAUCUAUCUAUCUCAUUCUCUAUCUAUUUAUAUCUAUCUCUGUGUGUAUGUGUGUAUCCGUCUCUAAAUAUUCUAUCUAUCUAUCUAUCUAUCUAUCUAUCUAUCUAUCUAUCUAUCUAUCUAUCUAUUCAUUCAUUUAUCAUAUCUAUCUAUCUAUCUAUCUAUCUAUCUAUCUAUCUAUCUAUCUAUCUAUCUAUCUAUUCAUUUAUACACAUCUAUCUGUCUGUCCAUCUAUUCAUUUAUUCAUAUCUAUCUAUCUAUCUAUCUAUCUAUCUAUCUAUCUAUCUAUCUAUCUCACAAGUAGCCAACCAACAUCUAUCUAUCUAUCUAUCUAUCUAUCUAUCUAUCUAUCUAUCUAUCUAUCUAUCUAAACAUAUACGUACUUCUACUCUUUCCCAUGCUUAUGCGCGUGAAGUGUGA